AUCCAUAUGGUAUUUUGAGCUAAAACUUCUCAUAUGUACUCUGGGGGCACCAAAGAUUUAUUUUACAUCUUAAAAAAAUCUGACAUGGCACCUUUAAAUUUGUCUGUCUGGUUUAUUGAAAAUCAGAUUCAGAAACUGUCAAAAGAUUAUUUAUGCAAUUUUGGCUAAAGCAAGGCCAUAUUUGGUCUGAAAGUCUAAUCUGUCAUUUAACUGUCUCUGUUUUUGCUUGCUGGGAAUCAACUCACCAAAUAAAUAUUUCAAUAAAGGACAACAUUAAUAUUUAUCAGUUCAUUGUGCUUGCGGGACUCCGGUCAUGAUGCGGUUAAAUGCUGACUGCGCGUGGAGCAUCCACCCACCUCUCUCUCUCUCUCUCUCUCUCUCUCUCUCUCUCUCUCUCUCUCUCUCUCUCUCUCUCUCUCUCGUGAUGACGGUUUGCUCCUCCACACGCCGCAUGUGCGAGCGCGUGUCAGCGGAAGGCGUGUGUGGAUGGCCCGCGUCGCGCUCUAUCGCAGCAUCACUUCAUCGCUCGAUUGAUAGAGACAGAUACACGACUAAUAUUUGCUGGAUCUGCGCAUCUCUCUCUCUCUCCCCCCUCUCGGCUGGACAGUGAAAUGAUGCUGCAGCGCUCACUCGCUCUUUCUUUAAAGUGACUGUAUGCCCACCUCAUCUCAUACCAAUACGCCAAAGAACAGCCCACGUACAACUUUCACAGUCGCCAUGACGACCUCGGCCCUGCGGCGACAGGUAAAGAACAUUGUGCACAACUACUCAGAUGCUGAAAUCAAGGUGAGAGAGGCGACAUCCAAUGACCCUUGGGGUCCGUCAAGUUCACUGAUGUCAGAGAUAGCAGAGCUGACCUUCAGUGUGGUGGCGUUCAGUGAGGUCAUGGCCAUGGUGUGGAAACGACUCAAUGAUCACGGCAAGAACUGGAGACAUGUUUACAAGGCUUUGACUCUUUUGGAUUAUUUGGCUAAGACGGGCUCUGAACGGGUCGCCCAGCAGUGUCGCGAGAACGCCUUCACUAUUCAGACACUCAGAGACUUCCAGUACGUGGACCGAGACGGGCGAGAUCAGGGCGUGAACGUGCGCGAGAAAGCCAAGCAGCUGGUGGCUCUGCUGAGGGAUGAGGAGCGUUUGCGUCAGGAGAGAGCGCAGGCCCUUAAAACCAGAGAGAGGAUGACGGGGGGCGGAGGGGUGGGAGGAGUGCCACCCGCGUACCCCAGCAGACGUAGCAGUCAACCCAGCAUGGCAGCUCUGUACGGAGAAGACUUGAGUCAGUCCAGAGGAUCUCCAUCUUCAUUUAACUCAUCGUCAUCAUCACCGAGAGCAUCUGAUCUGGAACAGACUCGACCUCAAACCAGUGGAGAAGAAGAACUUCAGCUACAGCUCGCCCUGGCCAUGAGCAGAGAGGAUCAACGUACCCAUCACGGAGACGAAGGUCGGCUUCCGAAAGUUCAAGAGGAGAUGAGCGAGAGAGAUUCAGGAACUGGAGGGUCGGCCGUGAUCGAUCUGGUUGAUAUAUUUGGCCCCACGUCUGCUGUGCCUGCCGACGAUGACCCCUGGGAUGCCCCACCCACAUGCCCUGUGACCUCUGACCCCUGGGAGACUGUAGCUGGAAUCGGUAGUCCGUGGAAGACCCGCCCUUCCUCUGGUAGUCCCGCCCAUCAUUGGUGCCACAACCAAUCACCUUGUGAUCCCUGGGAAGCCUCACCCUCAAACAGUUCAAUGAAUAUGGCAGAACAGGCCUGGAGGAGUCCAGCACGAGCAGCUCUGGGUGGGAUGGACCCAUUUUGCAUUUAUGAGGAAGAGGAGGAGGAGCUUCAGGUGGAGGAGGAGGGGCCUGGAGUCAAGCAAGAGGGGCCAAACCGAGUGUUCAGCCCUCGUUGUGAAAGUCCAGCAGACGUUGAGCAGUUUAAGAUCACUGGUGUUCAGAUGAACGGCAGGGAAAGUGACAGUCCAGAUAGUUUUGACCUCUCUCGUCUGGGACCUCCUCUGGACGGGUUGACCCCCAGACCGUGCCGGACCCCCGAAGCCUUCCUCGGACCCACGGCCGCUUCCCUCGUAAACCUGGAUGCGCUUAUCCCGACAAACCCACCCAUCAAGAGCAAAAACCCUUUCCUUUCAGGUCUGAGCGCACCCUCUCCCACGAACCCUUUCCACUUUGACCAACCCAGACUGACUCUGAAUCAGAUGAGACCCAACUCCACCUCUCCCCUGCCGGGCCACGCCCUCUCCUACAGCGCCUCCCUUCCUCUGCCCCUGAUACAGCAGAAACCUCAGUCACUGACCUCAUCGUACACCCAACCUCACCACGGCCUUCUGGACAUGCCCAGUAACCUGCCUCAACCCCUGCUGCCUCUGUGCACCGCCUCUGUCCAGCCCUCCACCAUACACCCACAUCACCAGAGCCACAACCCCUUCCUCUGAGAGAAAGAGAUCUGAAUCCAGAUUGAAACCAGGAUGAAAUCACUUCUUUUGAACUGAAUGUAUUCCUUUCGUGUUUGGUGCAGACUUUUUAAAUGAUACAGUCUUACUGUUACUUUUAGCUAUAAACACUUGCCAAUAAGAUAUAACACAUUAAGUUAAUUUACAUUCAAAUGCCCAUAUGCAUUCUGUAUGAUAACCGAUAUAUAAAAUUACAGCAUUUAUAUCAGGUCAAUAUGAUGUCAAACUCAGCCUGUUUCCCAGUACAUGUUCCAGCACGAUCGUUCAGUGCACGUUAUUUAAAAUUGAAUCACAACUUUCCUGUUUCAGAUGGUGCACGCUAUUGGUCUGUGUUAACCAUUUGUGUUAAACAGCUAGUUAGGUAGUGUUUAAACUAAUGCAGCCUCUUUAUAAUAUUGCCAAUAUGCCAGGUUACAUAAGGUUACAGCAAUAAUAACAGAUGAUUGUGGAUCAAUUGCCCCUCUUUAAAGAAAUGGGGGGCUUCUGGUUCUCCACAAUCCUGUCAGGUCUGGUAUCAUACUGUUAUAACACCAACACUAUUUACAAUCCAGUCAGAUUUUAAUAGAUCAGAUCAAUUUAUGCUCCACAUUUUUCUUUUUCUUGAAUGUUACACAAGUAAAAUGUUGAUCUUAAUACAAUAUUGGCUUUAACUUAUUUUGCUAUACAGAAACAGCAUGCUGCUACAAAGGGUUUGAAUGUCUCCUCCUCAGCCCUUAGAUGUAUGGGACUGAAACGCAUACGCAAGAAGAAAUUUCAGGAACAUUAAAUUAAUGAACCUUAAACCAAGAAUAUGCAUCAUACAUGAUUUUCUCCUGCACCUUUAUGUACUUUCUGUUGCCUUGUAUCUGUGGAUGCCUGUUUGAUGUACCAGAUCCAGCACUGAUUGUAAAUAGACUGUCUCACCGACAGUCCCACAAUGCACCGGGGCUGGCACCUCACAUCCUGUUCGGAUCUCAGGAGUGCCACCCGCUGAAAGCCACAUAGCCAAUGAAACUCACAGCUGAUGUCUGUUCAAAUAGAGAAUAUGAAUGACGUAAAGAAGAAAUGUUUUAUAAAGGCUGCAGUAUGUCAGACAUACUGUGCGUUCACACCAGACGUGGAAGAGGCGGCAAAAACACGCUAUUUACGCGUAGUUGGACACUUGAACAUUUUGAGUUUAAUCGAUUCAUUCACACGUGAAAGUCGCGCAUGAAAAUCUAUUCAUUCGACACAUUCACACGUAAAUUCACGUCAUGGGAGGGGCUUAUAUAGCUUAAAUUGAGUGAACUUACCAGAUUGUUCGACCUCCUCACUCUUCCAAACAAGAUCCUUUUAAAGCAACACGAUGUAGUUUUUUUACCUUUAAAUAAUGUCUCUAAAAUUAUUUUAGUGAUAGAACAACUUUUAACUGGACAAAUUGUACUGUUGCUGCAACCUGAGCAGCCUCCUAGCUGCUACAAGCACACUCUGAAAGUGGCAGGUGGAGGGUAGGAAACACAGCCCCACCCCUCCCCCUGCCUGCAGAAGAGUGUUUGAUACCAGGCACUGUUGCGCUUUUCAACCACAUGGGGAAGCUGCAAGUCAUUUUUACAUGGAAACUACAUAGUGUUGCUUUAAUUCCUGUAAAAGUAUGAAGAUGUCUCGUGUAGUGAUGAUGAUUGUCCUCCAUUGUUGUUUUGUUUUUCUGCCUCCGCUCGCCUUAUGUUCCUGAUUGGUUAACGCGGGCGAAAAUCUGCCAAAGAUCAGAUUUUUUAACCCACGCGGAUCACGAGGCAACACUCAAUUCGCACAUGCCGCAGGAUGCCUAUUCGCGUCUUUGCAUUGACUUAACAUGUAAAUCACUCACGAUUGCCGCCACUUCCGCGUCUGGUGUGAACGCACCAUUAUCUUAUGCUGUUAUAUCUUUUCUCUCUAAAACAAUAAUUUAAGUACCAGUUUACUAGACGUCACUACUGGUAAAUAUGAUUAAAUUAUUACAUAUUACAGGUUAACCAGGUGAAUCUUUUAAUCCUCUAUGAGAUAAAUGGUGUACAUUAAUGGCACUAAUAAAUGAAUGUCACUUUUAAUGCUG